AUGGGUUCUACUCUUUCACCUUCCUCCGACAAAAGAACAAAGCAGCCUACCUUAGAAGAGCUGUUUAGAAUUCCUUUUUCCAAGAAACCCAUAAAUACCAUUAAGCUUAAACCCGUCAGCUUCCUAAAGACGAAAUCACCAAGUCGAGGUUCACCUCUUUGUCAAGGUAUUUCCUUGUCUACCGGUUUACCCUGCAAACGUCCAGUGGUAGAUAAUAAUUAUUGCUUCCAGCAUAAAGCCCAAAUCAGCGGUGAAAGUAAAUUCGGAGUACCAACCACUCCUAGGAAAAAUGCAAUAGUUGAUGACAAUCAAGGAAAAAUAAAAGGGAAAAGUGUAGAUGAUAAUAAUGUUCACGAAACAUCAAAUAAAGAUGACCCUAUAAAGAAUGAGGAAAAUCUUACAAAGAGUUUCAAAACCAUGACGUUGAAAAGUCAUGAUGAUACGAAUCAGAAGAUUAAAAAGGUUCGAAAUAAGGAUAAAACACCGAAGAAGUCAGACGACGAAUCCCAAAAAGACUCACCAAACACUACGGUAAUUAUGAUCCGCCUGGAGAAUAAUGUUGAGGUACAAAUCACUCAAUCCAACGGAACGACAGAAGUCACCCAAACCGUUGAAACACCAGCAUCAUAUACUGAAUCGGAUCAAUCGUCGCCCGCCACGGUGUCUCGUUCUGUAACUCCGCCACUUCCUCGUUUGCCUCUAGAAAGCCCCGCUCACCCAGACGAUAGCUUCCUGGAGACGAAAAGUAAAGAAUUUUUUCAAACACCUACCCAUGUGACCCCAUCUGAUUGUUUAGAGUUAGCCCCUAUACUCUCUUCGUCACCAACUCAAUCGAUAAGGGGAUAUAAAAUUGCGUCUUCUAUUAUCGAAAACUUCACGCCCUUUUUGCCUUUGCCUGGAUCGCAGAAAAAGGAAACAAUUAAUAUAGAUGAUAGCGAUGACUCCCCACCAUCAUCUCCAACUCCUGUCAGGACUCAGAAGUUGUUAUACGAAUCGCGAUUUUCACCCUCGAAAAAAUACGCGGACAAUGAUAAGACACCCACCGCACCGAGGAAUCAAACAUCUAGAUCUGGGUCAACAACAACAACACCCACGCUACAUAAUAAUAGGAUUCAUGUCGAUCUCACUUCUGAUGCAACUUGUCAGGGAAAAAAUUAUAAGACCAACAAGAAAUGCUUCCGUAAGGUGAAAUCGGAAGAGAAAUACUGUCAACAACACAAGCAAUCGAUGUUGGAGCAAGCAGAAAUCGAAAGAGUUCUCUUCGUUCCGGGAAGAUCCAAGAUUACGUGGGUUAAAUUUAAAGACUGGUUAAACGAUGAUCUAUCCGAAGAGACCAAGAGAUUGCUAAUCGCUGAAAUGGAAAAACCAAUAUCCGAUAGGGAUGAGGCUGGUUUCAUAUACGCAUAUAGAUUGAUUGAGGGCCCUUCUUCACAUCAUGAUCCCAAUUGUACGCUAUAUAAAGUUGGUCGGACUACCAAUAUUCAUCGGCGACUGUACCAGUGGUCCCAUCAUUGUGGUUAUACGCCUCAGUUGAUAGAACUUUUUCCAGAUGUGAACUUAUCAAGUUCAUUCUCGUCCCAGGAAUCGAUGUUGAACACGAUUUUUGGAGAUGAGAAAAGCCUGUCAAGUGACGAGCGCUCAUCUCAGUUGGAGAAGAUAACUAAAUGCAAAUACACGCAUCGAGUCGAACGAUUAAUUCAUAUUGAAUUAAGCGAGAAGUAUAGAGCGGAUGUGGAAGUUUGUUCGGGAUGCGGUAAUGUACAUAGAGAAUGGUUUAAAGCUGUUGCACCGGCCAAAGAUAUCACCAAUGAGGUUAAUAAUAAUAUUAAGCAACAUGGAUGGAACGAAAUAAGGAGAAUUAUUGUCCAUUGGAUAACUUAUGUUGAAAAAUACUAUGGUGUUGGGUGA